AUGGAGUUUCCCGCUAGCGCCGUCGGCGUCAUCUCAGCGUGCGUGCUUGCCCUGCGACCGUGGAGUCUACAUAUCUCACUGGAGCCAGUAGCCUUAGGAGCAGCCUUGGCUUACCGACUAGGCAGCGGUUUUAGUAUUUGGGCUUUUCUCGGAGCCGCUCUGACGGCGUUGUGCGUGCACUCUGCGGGUAACGUAGUCAACAGUUAUUUCGACUACGCGAAAGGCGUCGACUCGACCUCCGUGCUCAGCAGCGACGCACUGGUCCGACUCGGAGCUGUGCUCUACGCUCUGGGUCUGGCUGCUUUCCUUGUGCAAUACACAUCAUCCCCCGACGGACGUCUGUUGGCCCUCGUGUUCUUCGGAGGCAUGUGCUGCUCCUUCCUGUACACCGGGGGUCCCGGAUUCAAGUAUAUCGGGCUCGGAGACGUGCUUGUGAUGGUGACGUUCGGGCCCCUGAGCGUGCUCUACUCGUUCUUGUGCCAAGUGGUUGUUUUUAGCCCAUCGAGUUUGAUCUCUGUUUUGCUGUACGCCGUGCCCCUGGCGCUGAACACCGAGGCGAUACUUCACGCCAACAACUUAAGGGACAGGGUUGCCGACUCACGAGCCGGCAUCGUCACCAUGGCGGUGGCAAUCGGUCCUCAGCUGUCGCAUGUGAUGUACGCGGUGCUCCUCUUCGUCCCCUAUAUCGCGUUCGCGGUCGUAGCGUUUGCGUACGGGGCCAUUUCGAUGCUGAUGCCUCUCAUAACGAUGCCAGCCGCUUUCCAACUCGAACGCGAAUGCCGGUUCGGGCAUCACGCAGAGCUCGAUCGACACACCGCUCGACUCAACACGUACUUCAGCGUGUUCUACGUGUUGGCCGUUGCGAUGGCGCAACGACUCCCCGGUUUCGGUCCGGUUUGAAAGCAGACACCGUUCAUUGUUUCCACGGAGAAUAUAUAUUUAUAUUGAGAUACAUGUAUGUAUAUGAACAUUUUUACGAACAAAUGUAUGUCUGCGGAGAUACGCGUGCUGCACGGAUAUAUGUACUUUUAGAGGAUUGGACAUGAGGACCUUAAUAAUAAAUGUCAAUAGGUGCCCAUUUUUUCAA